AUGAAUACAACUGAAGAUGCUAAUCAGAGUUUCACCAAUAACUUAACUAAUUCACUUAAUGCACCUAAAUCUAAAGUACCUUUAAUAGGCCUAUUUUUAAGCCAAUUUGAUAUGAAAAAAGGUAAUACGAUCUUAUGGAGCCAGAAAACAGAAGAUCCAGCUGGCAAGAACCUUGAUCUAAAUGGGGUUGAAUUUAAAUCUCUCCCUUCUGGUAUUCAUGAAGUUGCAAAAGAUGUUAUACUUUUUACAAUACCUAAACCCUCGAAUAAUGAAACUUUAGACAGAUAUUACGGGGUUGCCUGUUUUCAGCAAAAUGGACAACAAAUUUCAGCCAAUACAACUGAUUCACAUAUUGCUAGAGAUAAAGUCAAAAUGUACUCGAUAGGUGCUAUUGUGAACUCAACACCUUUAACAGAUGAUUCUGAGUUUACAAUUCAAAAUCUCAAUAUUCAAAUGUCUAGCCAAUAUGUUAGCGCACAUACCUAUUCAAAGGAUUUAGAUACUAUUCUAUCCAAUUGGAUUAAUAAGGGAGAUUUUAAUGAUUUUUCUAUGCUUGAGAAAUUUUUUGUUGCCAAUAAUGGUAAAGACUUAGUAGAAGAAUCCAAUAAGAACUUAAAUUCAAGUAUCAAUAACUCAAAUAUGUUACAUGAACUUCCCUCUAACGAUCAUAUGAUCACUUUAUUACCAUAUUGGAUUCGAAAUCUUGGUCCAUUACUAUUACCAAUAUGGAAAGCAUGUGUAGCAAGAAAGAGAAUACUCAUCGUCAACUCUCCAGGUAGAUCAUUUGAAUAUUGUAAUUCCUUGGCAUAUUGUUUAUCCAUCUUAUCAGCAUAUCCAUCUAACUAUUCUAAUAAAAAAUUAUCAUCUUUCAUUGAACUUUUAUAUACUGUAGGUGUUUCAGAUAUGGAUUAUUUACAACAGUAUAAAAACGCUGGAUACAUCGCAUGUACAAGUGAUGAAGUAUUAGUAACUAGAGAUUAUCUAUACGAUUUGGUUCUUAUGAUCAAUAGUUUGAAUGCCUCACCAAUUUUAUUAACAAACAAGGGUACACCAUUUAAAUCUACAUGGCAUGACGUUAACGUUUACAAAUUAAUUAUGCAGAAUUAUUUAGCGGAAGACAUCUCAGAUAAAGAGGAAAAAAGAAUAUGUACUUUAUCAGAAGGUAAAACAUGGUUACAAUUCAUUAUAGAUAACGCCUACUGGAUUACUACUGCAGGCUACGUAAAACCAGCAUAUGAAGUUUAUAAUAAUCCCUUGAUUAAUCCAUUAUAUGAUCCAGAGAGAUCUUCAUCCUUUGAACAAAGUGAGUAUUUAUCAGAAAAAAUCAUGGCUGAAAAAAUAACGGAAUAUUUUCAAAACAGAGUGAAUACAAUUUAUAAUAAGCUUGCUUAUAUAAUUGACGAUAAUUUCGACGUCGAGGAGCCUCAAAGCGUUGUUAGCAUCCCAUCUUCCGUUUUGACCGAUCUUGAUUUGGAUUGCUUUAGCUCUCAAGAUUAUCGUUUUUUAGAGUUUAUGUGUAAUAAAUGGUUCGACAAAGUUACAAAAGUGAAAUACAUCGAAUGCUGUGGGGUAACUUGUUGA